CAACUGGACAGUGCAUGUCGCGGCGCCAAACACGGUGCGUCCCACAAUCCUGUACGAUUCUGUUUGUCUCUUCACGCGUGCGUGUGUGUGUGUGUGUGUGUGUGCUUGCUUUUCGCUCUCCACCAAACUGUGCCCCGCUGCAAAGAUUUGCGCCUGUAAGUUAGGCUAACUGUGCUACACUUUUGUACGUGUGUCCGGGGCGACUCCGUGUGCGAUGCAGGAACCGGUGCUGGAGCAGGACCCGGCGGCCGAUCGCGAUCCGUUCCUGUCGGCCGGCAGCGACAGCGACCAGGAGGACGGUAGUAGCAGCAGCAGCGAGGGAAGCAGCGUGGCCAGCAGCAGCAGCGGCAGCAUCAGCGUGUCCUUUCCGGCCCGGGCCGCCGGCGCCCUCUGCCCGGUGGCCGGCGAGAAUGUGAAAAUCAUCGUCGAGCCGGGCAACGAAGCGGAGAGUAUAAACGAGCAAAGUGUCAAAGUACGAAAGCUUAAGACUUACCAGAAACUAAACCUAGCAACUCUGUGUGUGUGUGAGCGUCAAAAAAAGAAAAAAAAGGUAACGAACGAUCCACUAAUUGCUCGUGUCGUGUUCGUCCACGUGUUUUCGUGUUCGUGUCUGUCUGUGUGUGUGUGUACGCGUCCGCUUCUUGCUGAACUUGCAGCUUGGGAUCGCCCGCACUAACACCGCCGCCGGGUGUGCCGUCGCUGCUGUCCCCCUCGCCCUCGCCCAUCUCGUUCCGGUCCUGGUCGGU